UGUAACCCACCAACAACAACAACCUCUCGUUCCAUCAUUACCACCACACCAUCCUCAUCCUCAUCAACCAGUCCUCAGCCCAGGCGCCAUGCAGACCCCUGAGGCAGGCGCUGAAUCCGCCUCCACUGUCCACACCGCUGUGCCUGUGCAGCCUGCAGGCUCCGCCCAGCAGGUGACCUCUCAGGUGCCUGUCCAGCAACAGGUACUGUGUGCCCAGACUGUUCAACAGGUUCAGCAUGUAUACCCAGCACAACAGGUGCAGUACGUGGAGGAGAACAGUGGCGUCUAUACCAACGGGAAUAUACGGACAUACUCGUACUCCGAGCCCCAGCUGUACAGCCAGAACAGUGGAGGGAGCUACUUUGACACGCAGGGCAGCUCAUCCCAGGUGUCCACGGUGGUGUCAUCCCAUGGCAUGGCCAACAACGGAGGGGGGAACGGGGGGCUGACCAUGGGUCUGGCUGGGGGGCAGAUCAUCAGCAGCUCUGGGGCCUACCUCAUCGGGGGCAACACCAUGGAUAACUCUGCCCCCCACCCAGCAGCCCAGACCACCCGAGCCUCCCCGGCCACUAUUGAAAUGGCGAUUGAGACGCUCCAAAAGACUGAAGGUUUAUCCAGUCAGAGAAGCUCGCUGCUCAACAGCCAUCUGCAGUGGCUACUGGAUAACUAUGAGACAGCGGAGGGGGUGAGUCUGCCUCGCUCCACCCUCUACAACCACUACCUGCGCCACUGCCAGGAGCAGAAGUUGGACCCGGUCAACGCUGCUUCCUUUGGGAAACUCAUCCGCUCCAUCUUCAUGGGGCUCCGCACGCGUCGCCUGGGCACACGAGGGAACUCGAAGUACCACUACUAUGGGAUCCGGUUGAAGCCGGACUCUCCUCUCAACAGACUGCAGGAGGACAUGCAGUAUAUGGCCCUCAGACAGCAGCCUGUCCAACAGAAACAGAGGUUUAAGCCGAUGCAGAAGGUUGAUGGUGUAUCUGGGGAGAACUUCUCAGGCGGAGGCCAGCACACCCCCAGUGCAGCGGAGCAGACUGUCAUCGCACAAAGCCAGCACCACCAGCAGUACCUGGACACAUCGCGGGCCCUGCCAGACUUUGUGGAGCUGGACCUGGGAGAGACUAACGUGGACAACGUCAGCCCAGAUGACAUCAAAGCUCUCCAGUCACUCUACAGAGAGCACUGUGAGGCCAUUCUGGAUGUGGUGGUCAACCUCCAAUUCAGUCUAAUAGAGAAGCUGUGGCAGACUUUCUGGCGCUAUUCUCCUUCUGACUCAGUGGAGGGCGCCACCAUCACAGAAAACAGUGGUGUGAGUGAGAUUGAGGGCCGUCUGCCCUGCUGCAGACUGCUGGUGCUCUGUAGGAACGAGGCUGUGCUCAAGUGGAUGAGUUCCUGUGACCACCUGAUGUACCAGGCCCUAGUGGAGAUCCUCAUCCCUGAUGUCCUCAGACCCAUCCCCAGUGCCUUGACUCAAGCCAUCCGCAACUUUGCCAAAAGCCUGGAAGGCUGGCUCAACAAUGCCAUGAACACCAUUCCACAGAGAAUGAUCCAGACCAAGGUUGCCGCUGUUAGUGCCUUUGCUCAGACGCUGCGUCGCUACACUAGUCUGAACCACCUGGCCCAGGCAGCACGCGCCGUGCUGCAGAACACCUCACAGAUCAAUCAGAUGCUCAGUGACCUCAACCGCGUCGACUUCGCCAACGUGCAGGAGCAGGCGUCGUGGGUGUGUCAGUGUGAGGAGGGUGUGGUUCAGAGGUUAGAGCAGGACUUCAAGGCCACCCUGCAGCAGCAGAGCUCACUAGAGCAGUGGGCUGCCUGGCUGGACAACGUGGUGACCCAGGUCCUACAGCCCUUCGAGGACAGGCCCAGCUUCCCCAGGGCGGCACGACAGUUCCUGCUCAAGUGGUCUUUCUACAGCUCCAUGGUGAUUCGGGACCUGACCCUGCGCAGCGCGGCCAGUUUCGGCUCGUUCCACCUGAUCCGCCUGCUCUACGACGAGUACAUGUUCUACCUGGUGGAACACCGCGUCGCCCAGGCAACCGGCCAGACACCCAUCAGUGUCAUGGGAGAAUUUGAUGACCUCAACGCCAUGUCACCUGCUAACAUAGACAAAGACGAGGUGAGUGAGAUGGACAGUGACCUGGAGGAGGACAUGGAGGAGUCUGGGGAGCCGCUGGCCAAGCGGGAGAAGGCUGAGGUGGAACAUGAGCACCAGGUGAUCCAGGUGAUUCAGGUGGGGGCUCUGGAGGACGUCAGUAACCCCGUGGUGGGGGUGCUCCAGCCGGGCAUCCUGCACUCCCUGCCCCAGCCCCCCCAGAACCAUGCUGAGCACAUCCUCACCUCCUCCGCCGCCACCACCACCAUCCGCCACUGCAGUGCCACCGGCAACACCUACGCCUCCGUCUGAGAGGGAGAUGACCCCCCCCCCGGCCAACCUCUCUUCUCUCUGUCUCUCUAUCUGUCUCACUGUCACACACGUCUGCACUGUCCCCUCUGUCGUACGCUGUGUUUUCUCUGCACUCGUCUAGACACACUCCUCCCCCCUCCACCCUGACCAGUAGGGGAGCGUGAAAAACAUCACGACCACAGCUGGCGUCACACAAGCAGUGGAUGGAUGAGGGAUGAGUAGAGCUAGA